CUCGAUGUCAUGCUCUAGGCACAUUACAGAUCUGAAUGGUUAAACCAGUCUUUCUUCUUCACAGGAUCAUACAAUGGCAGACCUUAAAUUGCUUCCUUAUCCUCCGGAUCUUGCUGCCGAUCAACAAGAACAACUUAUCAAUACUGUGACUGAUUGGUUGAUCGCACACGGGUUUUUUGCCCCCCGCAAAUCAGGGACCGACAAGACCCAACCUACAAUUCGCGUUCCUUCCUCCCUAUCUCUCAUCCCUGUUACUCUUUUCCCCAGCUUGUUCCCGCGCACUUGCUUCCACGACGCCAUAGAAAUUCAGCCAGAGUUCAACAAGCUAUAUGCGGCUGUCGCUGCGGACGAAGACUGGCUUUCUGCUGUUAUUCAAGAUGAGUUCGCAGACAGCGACGAGUUCAUCAAGAAGCUUUGGAGUGUUCAUCUCGCUGUGAAGAGCGAGGGCUAUGUCCAGGAUACAACUAUCACUCUGGCUCGGUCCGACUAUCUUCUGUCUACAGACCAGCUAGAGAAUAGUCGCCCAUUGACUAUCAAACAAGUGGAGUUCAAUGGAAUCAGUUCAUUUGGAGGCAGUGCUCAUAGUAUAGCGGAACUUCAUAGUCACUUGUACAAUAUUGGAAUGUCACAACCCAGUCAAGGUCUCAAUGCUGAUCAGUCAUCUUUCCCGCCAAAUCCUUCACUUAAAGGGCUUUGCGCUGGUCUGCUCGCAGCACACACAAUUUAUGGGGACCCGAAGAGCGGCUGUGCCACUAAAAUUGGCAUUUUGCUCAUCGCUCAACCUGUUGAGUGGAAUAUCUACGAACACCGACGGAUCCAGUAUUUUCUGUGGUCUCAAGAUCCGGCGGUCCCAAUCUAUAGUCUGCCUUUGUCAUCUGUACUGGAUAAGACUACGGUCACGGACUCUCGUCACCUUCUGUACACGCCAAAUCCGGAAGCAGAGACCAUUGAGAUCUCCGUUGUUUUCUUCCGCGGUGGCCACGAUGCAGAGGACUACACCUCUGCUAUAGAGUGGGAGGCACGUCGACAUCUUGAACGGUCCUUUGCCAUCAAAUGCCCGUCGAUCCUCACCCAAAUUGCUUGCACCAAGAAAGUCCAGCAACUCUUAGCAAAAGACUCGAACCUUAAGCGUUUUGUUUCCGACGCCUCUUCGCUCCGCCUGAAGGAGACUUUUAUGGAAAUGUAUCCACUUGGUGCGCAGACAGCUGAUGGACAGAAGGGCCGCCAACUUGCCCUCGACCCCAAAUCGGCCUGUGGAUAUGUCUUAAAACCACAGCGGGAGUGUGGCGGCCAUAACAUCUACGGUGAAGCCAUUCCGGCCUACCUCAAUACGCUGCCAGAAUCCCAGUGGAGGUCCUAUAUUCUCAUGCGGCUGAUCAAGCCGCCUUGUCUGAGGAACGUUAUUCUAAGGAACGGUGAGCCCGCAACUGAGAGCAUCAUUAAUGAACUCGGAGUUUACGGUACUUGCAUAUGGCGGGCUACCCGGCAAGCAAACAAUUUGGACAUCAUGUACAAUGGAAACGCAGGUUGGUUGGUCAGAACGAAGAAUCGAGCUCAUGCGGAAGGAGGCAUUGGUGCUGGCUUUGGUAGUUUUGAUAGUCUCUUCUUGGUUGAUGAUUGAGGUCUUUAUGGUUUUUAUCAGAGUAGCGUUGAAUAUUUGCAUUUCAUG